CUGUGGGCUUGUGCUUGUACUGCUUGUCACUGAUCGUUUUAGAAGUUUUUUUUUGUGUGUUAUCAAAUAUUUCUUUGGUGUUAUUUUCCGAGACAUUUACACAUGGAGAAUAGAUAUAAGGAGACCAAUCUGUAAUACAUGGACUUCACCAAAAGCGGUCACUUUUCUGUUGCCAGAAUUAUUUUCGUGAAGUUUAUUAGAAAAAUCAAGUCAAAUCGAGUUUUUAGGGCUGCGUGAUUAUUCGCAAUGGCGUUACGGGGGUACACUCAAUGGCCUUCGCAGUCAAUCGGGGUUCGAUGAACGAUUCUUUUCCUUGCUUGUGUCUUCUUAUAGUCCCGAAACGUACACUGCGCAACUCCGCUGACCACCUUAUCCGGUAUAUCAUGUUCCGGUAAAACGAGGUCCAAGUGUAAUUGUUUUAGAAAAUCUUUCUGACAGCAUUUACUGCCAUUUGAAAAUUACGGUGAAAUGGAAAGAAUAAAAAGACUCGGAGGGUGGUGAUGCAGAAGUUUGCACAAAUGAAGAAAAUGAUCAGUCUCAGUGAUCCUCGAAUAAAGCCGGAAAAACGUGCGCCACCAAAGAAAAAAAAGCCAGAAGAUCCUAGAGAAAAAGUUAAUGCAGUGCCGCAACAAUCUUCAGCUCUUUUCUUCGAGUACAACACACAAUUAGGGCCACCCUAUCACAUUCUAAUCGAUACGAAUUUUAUCAACUUUUCGAUAAAAAACAAACUUGACAUCAUACAAAAUAUGAUGGAGUGCCUCUACGCAAAAUGUAUUCCCUAUAUAACAGAUUGUGUUCUAGGUGAAUUGGAAAAACUCGGUCAAAAAUACAAAAUUGCUUUAAAGAUUAUAAAAGAUCCGAGAUUCGAAAGGCUGGAGUGCAACCACAGAGGCACAUAUGCUGAUAAUUGUAUCGUCAACCGAGUAACGCAACACAAAUGCUACAUUGUAGCAACGAACGACAAGGACUUAAAGAGGAGAAUCCGAAAAAUUCCGGGAGUUCCAAUUAUGUACGUGGCCCAACAUCGAUAUACAAUCGAACGAAUGCCGGAUGCAUAUGGCGCUCCUAAAACAUAACGUACGUUAUUUUUAGUUAGCUAUUAGUUAUUUUUUGCUUACUAUACUAAAAUAUUUUAGUGUAGUAGAGUAUAUAUAAGGAUCUAUUUUGUUAGAUAUUAAUAUACUGUUUUAUAAAA